GGGAUGCGUGCCUGAAAGCCCUCCAUCAGACUCUGCGGAGGGAGGCCACGAUCAUGAAUGGCUGGGAGGAGUUCCUCAACCGCGACGCCCGAGGCACGGAGGUCUCCUGGAGCACCUACGUCAAGUGCCAGGCAUGCGGGGAGCGCCCCGCGGCGAGGGAGGCGGCUCUCAGGGCUGGCCGGAGGGCUGCAACGGCAGAGCCUGCCCGGGCACCCGCAAUCAGGGCCGCCCUCCAGCUGUGGGAGGAGCUCGUCUCGGAGCACCCCGGAGCUUUGGGGGACACGCCCGCUUUCCGCUGGGGACCCCGCUUCAAGGAAGUGUUCGCGGGAACCGCGGGGGUGACCCGCGCGGCGAAGCAGCUGGGCAUCCAAGCGGAUGAGCCUGUGGAGCUGUACCGGAACCCCCUGCACCCCAAGGAGUCGGAGAGGAGGGAGGACCACGACCUCUCGAACCCCGACGUCGCCGAGGCCCUGGUCAAAGAGGCAGAUACUCCCCCGGGCCCGGGAGUGGCCAACGUGUGGAUGUUCGAAAACCCGUGUACCUCCUUCUGCGACCACAACAUUAAAGGGGGCACCCGCACCUGGAAGAAGCCGGAUGGGGACCGGUGCAUACGGAACCUUCAUAAAUGGAGGAAGGGAUGGAUCUUCGAGAACCAGGAGCACAGAGGGAUAUAUCCCAAGGUCUACGACCUCCCCGAGUGGUUGGAAAUCCUGGAGGAGACCGGUGCCGUGAUCAUCCCGGGAACGAUGUGCGCCUGGGGCCUCCAUCCCUCAGACGCUUCGUCCCCCCAUCAGUUCUAUCGCAAGGGGUACUGGCUGGUCGUCUCCGCGAACCUGGCCCCCUUCUUCACGAAGCUCCGGAGACCCUGCCCCGGUCUCUCCCCGAUGCACCAGCGCGUGGAGCUCAGGGAUAACGCCCCAGGGACAGGCAUCAAGCGGACAAGGGAAGCCGCCCAAUACCCCCCGCGCUUCGCCCGCGCCGUGGCGCUGGCCAUUUGGACGGACUGGGCGCAGGAGCUGUGCACUCAUUGUGCGGACAACCCCAAGCACUCCCCCGAAGUUGUGAAGGAGGGGGCCCGACUCGGUGAUGGCCUAGUCCAGGCGGCGGGAGGCUGGAAGGAAGCAGUCGACUGCUACCGAGAGGCCUGGACGAGCCGGUGGGGGAACAACCUGGACGGGGUCUUCAAGGAUGAGCUAUGCGAGCUGCUCGACCCCGACCUCAGGGAUUACCUCCACCAGAUG